UUCAUGUAGUGUUAUACUGCUGUUUGUGAAUGUAUAAAUCUCUGCAUAAAAGUUUAAAAAAUCAAAGCCCACGUCAGACUCCCAAAAGAAGGAACCGAUUCACAGCUGAAACGAGUCGUUAGUAAUUCCAGACUCACUUCCUUACUUUUGAAUUCAAAUCAAUUCAAAAAUGGAAGUCGAGCUACUUUACAACACAGCUUUGAAAGAUUAUAAAAACAACUUGUGUGAAGCAGCAAAAAUUUUGACGGAUGAUGUCAUAUCCUGUCCCAUAUUUGCAGCGUCGUCUUAAAGCCUAGUGCGACCCCAGUGGGGCGGUCACCGGAAGAACGAACGACUCCGAAUCUGAAGACUCGAGACGUGAACUAAUCAUUUCUAUUUUCUGUACAGAACCUAUGUGGAUGCUGUAGCACAUACGCGCUCAAAAAUGAGUGAAUCACUCUCUAAGACAACUCGUUGUUCCCGAGUCACAUGAAAGAUUUCUUCAGAAUGAACGAACCGUUCAUGAACGACACAUCACUACCCACUGAAAUGCCUGACAAACGAGAAAACCUCUUCAAAUCUAGGAAGAUCCUUUUACAAUAUGAUCUUUAUAAAGGAGAAAGGGAUGAAAACAUUUCCUAAUUUGCACAAACAACAAAAAAACACUAAAAGAAAAGACUCCUGGUAGAACUUCAACAUCAUUAUUACAGAACUAAAGUUCACCCUAGAAGAUGAGCACUUCCAAUGACUUCCUGUAGAGAUUCAUAAAAGCCACAUAAGCUUGUUUUGUUAUUGUUUAAAAACGCGUGCAAGCUUUCAACACAACCCCGCCUUCUGCAGAGCUGUUAUGCACAGUUGCAUGCAACUGAUGUGUGUCUGUAGGUGUGUAGGUUUUCUGUGUUAGUUGUUCGUUGACAGUGGACACGACCCAUGCAAAUGCCAAGAAUACUUUGCCUACUAUGGAUGCAGCAGGAGAGCGGGGAGAGCAUCACACCAGUGUACAUGGAAAUGUCUGGCCACCAUUCAUGUCAGUCCAGUUUCCCCAGUGGAUGGACAUAGAACUCCCGGACCCGAAUUAUGGAUUGGGCGGCUACCCCAGGCAGUUCAUGUUCCAUUGCCAAAUGUCCCCAGGCCAGACAAGAGGCAGUGGCUCGGGUUCAUUGUGUCCCAGCUUUAUGGCAAGAACCGUGAUUGGGCGGAGUAUCUGGCCAGGUCAGGGUCCAGUGCCCUCAACAAUGUAACUCAAUUUGUGGAACUAUUCAUGAAGGAGUCGCGUACCCACAAACGGCUCCACAAGAGAGCAAGGGCAGAGCUCCAACCUGAGACCCACAAGGUGGUCUCACUUGCCAAGCUCCAGCCGGAGGUCAUCAUGGCGACCUCCUAUCCAGAGCUCCAAUCUGAGAUCCAUGAGGUGGUGUCACCUGCCGAGCUCCAGCCGGAGGUCAACGUCGCGACUUCCUCCACAGAACUCCAACCUGAGACCCACGAGAUCGUCUCAUCCGCAGAACUCCAGCCGGAGGUCAACGUGGCGACCUCAUCUGCAGAGCUCCAACCUGAGACCCAUGAGGUGGUCUCACCUGCUGAGCUCCAGCCAGAGCUCAACGUAGCAGCCUCCUCCCCAGAGCUCCAGCAUGAGAUCCAUGAGGUGGUCUCAUCUACAGAGCUCCAGCACGAGACCCACGAAGUAGUCUCAGCUCUAGAACCCCAGUUAACAUCAACGUGGCGACCUCAUCUGCAGAGCUCCAACCUGAGACCCACGAGGUAGUCUCAGCUCCAGAACCCCAGUUGGAGGUCAACAUGAUGACCUCCUCCCCAGAGUUUCAGCAUGAGACCUAUGAGGUGGUCUCACAGGCUGAACACUUGUUUGAGGUCAAUGUGGUGACUUCAGCUCCAGAGCCCCAGUUGGAGGUCAACAUGGUGACAUCCUCCCCAGAGUUCCAGCUCUUGACCCACGAGGUAGUCUCAACUCCAAACCCUCAGUCGGAGGUCAACAUGGCGACCUUCUCCCCAGUGCCACAGCAGAGCUCGAGCAUAAAGUCAAGUUCCUGUCCAAGGGUGACGAGACGGCCUCUCAAGCCAAGUUACUGUUGAGGUCGAAGAGACGACUUCUCAAGCCAAGUUCCUGUCCGACAUCGAAGAGACGGCCUCCCAAGCCAAGUUCCUGUCCGAGGUGCGAAUAAUUGUUGCACACCUAUAUUUAACAAAGUUUUUAUUUUUAUUUUUAUAAACUUGUUUUGUUUGCAAUUGUUUGAUAUCCAUUAGAGUAGAGCCAGUUUUUUCACAGCUUUCUUUGCUCAUAUUUACCAAGGGUGCCAGUAUUAGUGGAGGGCACUGUCCCUGUGGGUUGAAUGCACCUUCCAGCCAAUCAGAACUGAGUAUUCAGUAUUCAGACAGACCAUGGUAUAGGUAAUUAAUAAGUAAUAAACAAGUAAUUAUAAAGUAUGAAUAGAUUAAAAGUCAGUCCUAACAAAAUAAAUAAAAAAUACAACCGAGUCUUUAUAUAUGUAAACAUUUCCAGGUACAAAACAAAACAAAACAAAACAAACAAAAAAAAAAACACAUUUAAAAAUCCAAUUCUUUGCUGUUCAGUUUUUUGCUGUUAUAGGAUUGUGCCAUCUCUACGUUAAGUCAGCUAAAUAGAUGAUCACAGAUCCUAACUAAGCCACUUUUAGGUAUGUUUUAGUCUGAUUGGCCUAAUCCAAGAGCAGGAUGUUUUAUGAACAUGACAUUUAGGAUGAAUCUAAAGGUACAGAGUUGAUCAGGCAAUUACAUCAAUA